AUGGAAAAAAGAUCUAACGACAGCUUUAGGCAGUAUGCCCAAAGGUGGAGAGAUAUAGUUGUGCAAGUUCAUCCACCAUUAGAGGAGGAAGAAACUAAUAUGUUUUUUGUAAAUACUCUGAGGGCCCCGUUCUUUGGACAUCUUAUUGGAAAUUCAUCCAAGAAUUUUGAUGAUAUAGUCAACGCAGGAGAAAUGAUUGAGAUGGCGAUCAAAAGCGGGAAGCUAGACGGGGGAGAAUCUAGCCGAAAACCUCCAGCAAGAAGGAAGGAUAAUGAUGUUAGUAAUGUGAAGAAAUAUGAUUCUAAUAACAUUACAGUAUCUCGACCUCAAACCACCAUAUCGUCUGCACUAAAUCCUGUUAAACAAGGGGUGAAAGAACCAAGACAAGAAAGGAAAAGGGUUCAAUUUGACCUCAUCCCUAUGACCUAUAAAGAACUAUUCCAGAUCCUGUACGACAAACAUGUGGUGUCACCUUACCACACUUCUCCAAUACAACCUUCUUACCCAAAAUGGUUUGACAUCAAUGCUCAAUGUGAGUAUCAUGCGAGGGCAUCAGAGCAUUCAAUUGAAAACUGUCUAGCCUUUAAAAAGUUAGUGCAAAGAUUAAGGCAAAUAAAUGUCAUCAAUUUCGGUGAUAGCGAGCAGCCUAAUGUGGCUCAGAAUCCACUACCGAACCAUGCAGGGGCAGGGGUUAAUGUUGUCAUUGAAGAAAGAGGAAAUGAGGUUAUAACCAGAGUCAAUGAAGUAAAGUCACCCAAGUAUUGGGUAUGGGGGCAAAUGGUCAAAGUAGGCUGGUUGACCUUUAAUGAUGAGGGGAAUAAGUAUGCUUGCCCCUACCACCAUUGUGAAGAUCAUGUUAUUGAAUAUUGUGAUGAGUUCAAGGCCUUGGUUCAAAGGCUGAUGGAUAGUAAAGACAUGGAAUUUUACAAUGAAGCUAAGAAAGAGAAAGAGGUAGAGAUUUGCGCUUCCGAAGGCACAUCCAAGGGACUUUACAAUACUAACUGCCCUUUAGUCAUCACACCGAAAGCCCGGACUAUGGAAAGUUCCGAGGCUGCUAAGGAAGAGGUGGAUGAGGUAGGCGGCCACUUUACCAAAAGUGGGAGAUGUUAUUCUCCCAACCAGACCUGUGAGCUUGAGAAUAGAGCAAUCGUUGAUAAAGGGAAAAUGGUUGAGAUAUUGCUGAAAGAUGAUGAGCCAACAAUUAAGGAGCCAGUAACAGAGAACGAGACUGUGGAGUUUUUAAAUUUUUUGAAGCAUAGCGAGUACAACAACGUCGAACAACUACACAAGUUACCAUCUCGUAUCUCGAUCCUGGCUCUACUAUUAAGUUCUGAGGCACAUCGAAAUGCCUUGCUGAAAGUCUUGAAUCAGACUUUCGUACCGAAAGAUCUGCCAGUAGAAAAGAUAGAUCGACUGGUUGUAAAUAUUCAGGCGGAUAACUUUAUUUCUUUCUCUGAUGACGAGAUCCCAUCUAGAAUGAUGGGCAACCCCAAAGCCCUGCACAUUACCAUCAGGUACAAGAGACAUGUGUUAUCACGAGUACUGAUCGAUAACGGCUCUGCCCUAAAUGUGACGCCAUUAAUAACCUUGAAGAAACUCCCGGUCGACAGUACACACAUGAGAAAUUGCCAAAGCAUUGUUCGAGCUUUUGACGGAACAAAGAAGGAGGCAGGAGCCAUGCCAUCCACUAUGUAUCAGAAACUCAAAUUUGUAAUUGAGGGGAGUUUGGUAUGCCUUAAUGUUGAGGAAGAUAUCAUUGCUUCCAUAUCUACUACCUCCCCAUAUGUCGAAGUAAAUGAAGAUGUGGUCGAGUGCUCUUUCAGAGCCUUGGAAUUUGUUAAUGCCACCUUUGUUGCUGAAAGAAAGAAAAUUCCAAAGCCAAGGUUGUCCAACUGUACCAAAAUGGAACUGAAAAUGACUUUGGGAAGAGGAGCCAAGGUUGGGAGAGGGCUUGGAAGUCGCUUACAGGGAAAUAUUAGUCUAGUUUUUCCCAAUAUUAAGCGAGAUCGUUUUGGUCUGGGAUAUCGUCCGACCUUAAAAGAAAAGUUAAAAAAUGUUUAA